AUGGCCAGACCACAUAAGCGUAAACUAAGUUCAUCGCCGGCUGCAAAAAGUAAUGGAAAGACCUCAAAGUACGUUAAAGAAGCGGCGAAGCAGGAGCGACAUAGCGCUACAGACAGCAGCAACAAAGCGCAGCUUUUUGAUUCGGAAGAGGACGAACAGAGCAAUGAAGACAGCGACGAGGAAAGACCUGAAAAGGAUGAAGGCUUUUCUGACGCAAACAAAAAUUGGUUAAAAAUAAAAAAGGAUGAGCUAAGUGAAGGUAAGGAGAAUGACGAUAGUGGAGAUGAAGAUGAUGAAGAGGAACUCGACAUUGAGCGCAAGGCUCGUCUGUUAGACGAUGAGGAGGCGAUGGAGGCUGAGGAGGCUGAAGAAGAAAUGCGGCUUAACAUUGCUAAUAAUGAGCCGUACCACCUUCCGACAGAAGAGGAGCUGACUGGUGAAGAUCAGGGCGAUGGUGACAUGUCGGACCCUGCUGAGGUCUACCAACGUAUCAAAGAUGUUGUGGAAGUGCUGUCACAUUUUAGUUCGCGGCGUGAGCCUGGCCGCUCUCGUGUCGACUACAUGGAGUCAUUGGCUAAGGAUUUGGCUGGAUAUUUUGGCUACAAUCGCGAGCUAAUUGACAUGUUUCUAAAGAUGUUUUCGCCCGCUGAAUGCGUCGAGUUUGUGGAGGCUAAUGAGCAACCACGUCCGCUCGUUAUCCGUACUAACACGCUUAAAGCUCGUCGUCGUGACUUGGCCCAAGCAUUGAUCCAGCGUGGUGUCAACUUGGACCCUCUAGCCAAAUGGUCCAAGGUAGGUCUAAAGAUUUAUGACUCGCCAGUGCCCAUCGGUGCUACGCCUGAGUACCUUGCUGGGCACUACAUGUUGCAGUCCGCAUCAUCAAUCUGUGCUGUGAUGGCACUUGCCCCACAGAUGAACGAGCGUGUGCUGGACAUGGCCUGCGCUCCUGGCGGGAAGACUACGUAUAUUGCCCAGUUGAUGAAAAAUACGGGAACAAUCAUUGCGAAUGACUUAAAAAAGCAGCGUCUUAAGGCAACGGUUGCAAACCUGCAUCGUCUUGGCGUGAAGAAUACGUCAGUAUCGUGCAACGAUGGUCGUAGGGUACCACGCCUAUUUAAGGGUUUUGAUCGUGUCUUGCUUGAUGCACCAUGUACUGGUCUGGGUGUGAUUGCCCGAGAUCCAUCCAUUAAGACACAGAAGGGCGAAAAGGACGUCCAGCGACUUGCUCACUUGCAGAAGGAGUUAUUGCUUGCUGCUAUUGACGCUGCAGAUGCAAAGUCCAAGACUGGUGGUUACAUUCUCUACUCAACAUGUUCCAUUAUGGUUGAUGAGAACGAGUCCGUUGUGGACUAUGCACUGCGCAAAUGCUGCGUCAAACUAGUUGACACGGGGUUAGACCACGGUAAGCCAGGCUUCACUCGCUACCAGCAACAACGGUUCCAUCCAUCAGUACAACUUACAAGACGAUUUUAUCCUCAUGUGCACAACAUGGACGGUUUUUUCGUGGCUAAGUUUAAAAAAUACGCUAACAAGUUGCCGUCGGAAGAAAAAGAAGCUAAGAAGACACCCGAAGAGCUCGAAGAUGACGUUGAAGAGGCGAAUCUAACCAAGAAGGAGCGCCAAAAUGUUAUCACGGAGCGCAAGCGGGCAGCUGAGGAUGUUGAAGCCAAUGUUAUGCAGGAGGAUUCGAGCGAUGUCGAAGAUAAAAAUGAGGAAGUCGAGCAUCCUGUGAAAAAGCGCAGACAGGCGCAGAAGCCUUCGCAAAAGCAAGCGCCCAAGCGUGGACCGAAGAAGGCAAAAAAACAUGCUAAUAGGCCUCGCAAAAGUUCGUAUACAGCACGAACAAUUUGA